UUUUCUAAUGAAUAAAUUCAUGUUAUAUAACAACAAAAGACUCAAUAACGACGAAUAUAACAAAAAACCCUCGUAACUACUGAUUUAACGACUAAAUUCAUGUUAUACAGCAACAAAAAACCCACUAAUUUAACGAAAAGUUUCUAACGACCAAUUGAUAAAUAAUAAACAUCCAAACAGAGUGUAUACUGAAAGUAGAGCAUAUACAAAGGGAACCAAUCCAAUUUUUUUCUUCUCUUUGCCCAAUCGAUUUAUUCGCCGGAGUAAUAAAUUCCGGUCAAUUUUCCGGUGAAAUUUCCAAAUCGCCGACGAUUUCCGUCCAGAUUCCGUCCAGAUCUGCUAAAUGUUGCAUAAUUGAAGGUAAAAUCUGGAAUUUUUGAUGAAUUUUUGGUAAUUUUUGAAUGUGAGGUUUUGAUAUUAAUCGUAUGAAGAUGGAGGAUAGUGUGAUGAAUAUUUGGUAAUUUUUGAGUGUGAUUUUGCGUUAGAAUUUGAGAAUUCGUUUUGUAUUAGUGUAUGAAGAUGGAGGAUGGUGUGAAAAUAAGGUAGAAUUUGGAAUUUUUAAAUUUUGGUAAUUUUUGAAUGUGAGGUUAUGAGAUUGUGGCUUUGGAUUAAUUGAAUGAAGAUGAAGAUAGUGUAAUGAAUUUUUGGUAAUAUUUGAGUGUGAUUUUGAGAAUUCGUUAUGUAUCAGUGUAUGAAGAUGGAGGAUGGUGUGAAGAUUUUUUUGGUAAUUUUUGAAUGUGAGUUUGUAUGAGAUUUUUGAGAUUGCGGUUUUUAUUGAUCGUAUGAAGAUGGAGGAUAGUGUGAGAUCAGGAGGUGGUGUACUGAAGAAAAAAAGUUCAUCUGGUUGUUUAAUUAUUAGAAAGAAAGAUGAUAGAUUGGGGAGCAUAGGAGGAGGGAUAAGUUCUAGCAGACCUAAGUUUGUAAUGAACGAGUACGAGUUGAGUGAUGAGAUAUCAGAGUCAAUUCAGAGAAAAAAUGGCCGUGAUUUUAGUAAUGGUUCUGUUUUAUAUGGAAAAAGUAGCGUUAGAGAUGGUGAAUUUGGUAGGAAUGUAAAUUUGACUGAUUUGAAUAAGUAUGAAGAAUGUGAUCUGAAAAUGCAAUUGAAUGGGUAUGGUGAGGAAAGAUAUAACAUGGUUGAAAGAAGAGGUGGCUCGAGGGAGUUUGGGAGUGGGUCGAGGAGUUUAAUGGGUGAGAAGAGGAGGGUUGCGUAUAUGGAUAGUUCAAGUAGUUUUUCGGGUAGUAGGACAAAGGGCGAUGGAAAUGGAUUAAAGAGAAGGUGUGGUUUGUUAGAGGAUGAAAUGCAUGUGCCCAUUUCAUUGCCUAGAGAAGAUUCUCGUGAAUCGAUCAGAGUGCAAGGGAAAAAUGGGGUAUUGAAGAUUAUGGUCAAUAAGAAGAAGAAGUUAGACUCAAUGCCCAAGGAAUAUGAUCCUAUUGAAACUGAAAGUAGAAAAGGUUCUUGGUCGGCGGAUGUUGUCAAGAGGAAUUUACUAGCCUGUCCGUCCUUUUACUCGGGUCCUAAACUACCUGAAAAGCAACCUUUGUCUAUUCAAACAGAGGGAAAUGAGCUGAAACCAGAAAAACCUUUGUUGGGUAAAAGCACCCAUUUAGCGGCCUUUGAAAAAGAUGAGACCGAUACAUCACUUAAGUUGGCACCUCCUAGUUUGCAGCCUGCAAGCCCAGCAACACGGGUGCUGAAGGAAGAAAGCAGAUUCCUGGUGUCUGAAGAUGUUACUCCUGCUAAAAGAAAAGAUGGGAAAGUGAAUCGAGGUGGGAGCACUGAGAAGCAGCAGUUGCGAGAGCGAAUAAGGGGAAUGCUCAUUGAAGCUGGAUGGAUCAUUGAUUAUAGACCAAGAAAGAAUCGAGAAUAUCUGGAUGCAGUGUACAUUAAUCCUAGUGGAACAGCCUAUUGGUCAAUAAUUAAAGCCUAUGAAGCAUUUCAAAAACGAUCGGAGGUAGUUUCAGGUAAAAGUAAACCUGAUGGCAGCUCUUGUUCAUUUCCCCCAAUAUCAGAUGAUUUAAUUAAUAAACUUACCAGGCAAACACGGAAAAAGAUUGAGAAAGAAAUGAAAAAGAAAAUAAAAGAUGAUGGCAAGAGAAAAGAUCCUAAACAGACUUCUGUGAGGGAGUCUGUGUUGGGCACAGGCAGUGAUCAGCAUGAGAAGAAGUUCGAUAGCUAUAUGAAGAAGAAAGAUAAGUUGCUGCAAGGAAAAUUACAUGCAUCAGACCAGGAAAGUGGGGAUAAUUCAAGUGAUAACUCAUUGAACGUAAGGAGACUUACACAGGAUAUGGCUUGGAAAGUAUCUGCUGGAGUUGCUUCAAAUUCAAUACAUGGAAAAAAAUUUAAAUUAAUUGGGCGAUGUACAUUGCUGGCCCGUCAUUCUGACAAGGGGGAAAAUUCAGAUAGUGAUAGAUACGUUCCAUAUACUGGAAAAAGAACCUUAUUGUCCUGGUUGAUUGACACCGGAACAUUGAAGUUGAGACAGAAAAUUCAAUAUGUAAACCGUAAAAGGACAACAGUAAAAUUAGAAGGUUGGAUCACACAAGAUGGUGUCCACUGUGGUUGCUGUAGUAAAAUCCUUCCAGUUUCAAGAUUUGAGCUUCAUGCAGGAAGUAAACGGCAUCAACCAUUUCAGAACAUAUUUUUAGAGUCUGGAGCUUCCUUAAUAGAGUGCUUGGUUGACGCAUGGAAUCAGCAAAAGGAAUCUGAUCGCCAGGAUUUCUACAACAUAGACAUUGAUGGUGAUGAUGGUGAAGAUGAUGCUUGUGGCAUUUGCGGUGACGGUGGGGACCUAAUAUGUUGUGAUGGUUGCCCAUCAACUUUUCAUCAGAGCUGUCUAGGAAUACAAAUACUUCCUCCAGGCCUUUGGCAUUGUCCAAAUUGCACUUGCAAAUUUUGUGGGGCUGCUAGUAGAAACCAUGCUGAGGAUAGUAGAAACCAUGCUGAGGAUAGUGAGAGAACUGUCAAUGAAUUUCUUUCUUGCAGCCUCUGUGACAAAAAAUAUCACAGAUCAUGCAGUUUGGAGAUGAAUGCUUUACCUGCUAUUUCCAAUAAUCCAUCUGCUACAUUCUGUGGGCAGAAAUGCCAGGAGCUAUAUGACCAUUUACAGAAUAUUCUUGGUGUCAAACAUGAACUUGAAGGAGGAUUCUCAUGGUCCCUGAUUCAACGAACAGAUUUGGAGUCAGAUACUUCUCGUCACCUCUUUCCUCAACGGGUGGAGUGCAAUUCUAAGCUAGCUGUUUCACUGGCUGUCAUGGAUGAAUGUUUCGUGCCCAUUGUCGACAGGAGAAGCAGGAUAAAUAUUAUUCACAACGUUCUCUACAACAUUGGCUCAAAUUUUAGUCGGCUGAAUUUCCGUGGCUUCUACACUGCAAUUCUGGAAAAGGGCGAUGACAUAAUAUCUGCUGCAUCUAUAAGGAUCCGUGGAACACAGCUUGCAGAAAUGCCAUUCAUUGGGACCAGGAAUAUAUAUAGGCAACAAGGGAUGUGUCGUAGACUGUUUUAUGCUAUUGAGACGGUCCUCUCCACUUUAAAAGUUGAGAAGUUAAUCAUUCCUGCUAUAUCUGAGCAUCUGCAUACCUGGGCCAAGGUAUUUGGAUUCGAUGAACUUGAGGAAUCAAACAAGCAAGAAUUGAAAUCCAUCAAUUUGUUAGUAUUUCCUGGGACAGACAUGUUGCAAAAGAAGAUACCGAAGAAAGGCGUGCAAGAGGCUUGUGAGUUGCAACAAAGUCAUCCUCUGUCGCCUGCUUUGGUCGAAAAAGCAGAUCAGGAAUCAUCCAUCAGGCGCGAUGGACAUCUGCAUGAUGGCGUAUGUAUGAACACAGUCGAAAACCCGGAUGACAGGUUUGGUUCUCCAGCUUCUGCAGUUCAGUUAAGUGAUAGCACUGUGGUUAGAGCACAAGGUGGUGGUUGUGAGUCAGAUACCCAAAUCUCCAGUAAGGAGGUAACCAAGAAUUUUGCUGAAUCAGCCACAAAGUGGAUGCUCUCUUCUCUUCCAUCCAGCACAAGCGACGACAAUCAGGGUUGGCUCAAGGAUGAGGCUAGUAAAAUGUUUGCUUUAGGCCCCAAAAAUCUCAAGCCCUCGAAAAUUAUUAAUUGUUAAUUUUAUGAUUUUUUUUUUCUUUUUGGCAAUAUUGAAUAUAGUAAAAAAAAUAUUAUUAUUGAAAUAUUUUGAAACUUUUGAACAAUUUGUGGGGGUCCUAAAUCCCCCUUAAACAAUUUUAAAGUAGUAGUAUAAAUAGAACAUUUUUGGUUCAA